GAAAACCAUCUCAUCGCCAAAAAAAAAGUCCUCCCGGCAUUUGUCCCACCUAAUGUUCCUUUCUUCCGCAGCCACUCGACCAACCCUUUCCGCAUCCUAUCUUAGGAGUCGCCGUUCGUCUCUUUAGUUUAAUUGAAUUUGUUCUUUAUCCUUUAUAGGUACGCGCCCGGGUUCUUUAUCAUAAUUCCGCCCAUUCGCCCCGCUCCUAGGACAAGUCGAGGUCGGACGCUUCGAGCUUCACCACGGAAACCCGUGCUUAUUCGUAUCCGUGUACCUCCCGAAUUCUAUUACUAUCAGAUUGAAAGAUCAUUGAAAUCUCGAUAUGGCGCGUCGCAGGGACGAGGUCCCAGAGGAGGAGGACCAAGAAAUGGAGGAAGAGCUCGUAACACUUCAAUUCGACGAGCCUUUAUCAUGGCGCGCCGGGAAGCCAAUCGCGACCGGCGAGCUUCUUCGACGAUUAGAGAAGCUUUCCAAGGAAUUAGUUGACAUGGACCAAGAGACGGUCGACAAGGACUCUCUCACUCAUGUCGCGAAAGAGCUGGCUUCUCCCAAUUUGCUCGCCCAUAGGGAAGCUGGGGUUAAAGCCUUCGCGGCGGCAUGCUUGGUAGACAUCUUGAAACUAUGCGCCCCAGAAGCACCUUUCACCCCCAAACAACUUAAGGAAAUAUUCUCCCUCUUUGUCAAGACCAUUCUCCCCGCCCUUUGGGAUCCGAGUAACGCAUAUAACACACAACAUAAAUACGUUCUAACGUCUCUUGCCGAAGUCAAGAGUAUUCUUCUAAUCAACGAGGUCACGAACGCAGAGGAACUUUUACUUCACUUAUUCUCUUCCUUCUUCGAUGGCAUCUCUGGCUCCUCCAAGGCAGCUUCGGGAGAACAGGUUGCCAAGGACGUUGAAUUCCACAUGACGGAUAUCUUGGUCACGUUGGUUGAAGAAAGCCCCUCGCUACCGCCGCCAGUCCUAGAUGUCAUAAUGGCCCAAUUCCUACGAGCAGCACCCCCAGGGGGCCGUAAGGAGAAAGCAGAUGCCAAUGGGAAGCAAAUGACUCUUUUGCCUAAGGAAGAGCCAGAAGCGUAUGUUAUGGCGAAGACUGUGUGCAACUCAUGUCCGGAGAAGAUGGCACGUUAUGUGGGACAAUACUUUAGCGAGGUAAUUAUGGACGUAUCUGGAAACAGCGGCCAUGCCAAUGGGCAUAGGGAUGAUGACGAUUCAGAUGAUGACGAUGGUGCCGCAGGGCCCUCCGAUUUGGAAUUCAAAGAAUUGCGGAAGGCCCAUCAGCUGUUACGGGAGCUUUGGCGAGCAGCACCCACGGUAUUGCCAAAUGUCAUACCUCAGGUCGACGCUGAGCUCUCUGCCGACAACAUCCAAUUACGUUUGUUGGCAACUGAGACGUUGGGGGAUAUGAUAGCUGGUAUUGGUGCCGCAGGGCCACCCCCUUCUCCAGAACUUGAUCCGGCGGCGUAUCCGCCUCUGAAGUUGAGUGACGAGAUUCCAGACCAUCCUGCGACGAGCAUUCUUACCACCCCUAUUUCACCCCUAUCUUUCACCCAAACGCAUUCCCAAGCGUUCCAUAAUUUCGUUGGCAGGAAGAACGAUAAAUCACCUCUAAUCCGUACAGCAUGGACAACAGCCGUGGGUUACAUUGUCUCGACGUCUGCGGGCGGCAUUGGGCUUAGCCGGGAAGACGAAUCGGUCUUUGUCAACGGACUGCGAGACAAGCUAAACGACAACGACGAGAAAGUUAGGUUGGCUGCCGUGAAAGCUAUCGAGACCUUUAGUUUCCGUGAUAUCGUCACCAAGCUGGCCGCGAUCGGUGGUGUAAACAAGGAGGGCUCAGUUUUGUUCACUCUUGCAGACCGCUGCCGAGACAAAAGACCGUCCGUCCGUGUCGAGGCUAUGGCCCUCCUAGGGAAACUCUGGGCUGUCGGCAGUGGAGAGUUGGCCGCAGGACAAGAGUCGGUAAUUUCUGCUUUGUCGGGCAUCCCUUCUCGUAUAUUCAACACAUUCUACGCCAACGACCUAGAACUGAACGUGCUACUAGAGCGUGUCGUGUUCGAAUGUCUUAUCCCCCUAUCUUUCCCGCCUCCUCCCAAGGCAAAGGGUGCUAAGCCAUCUAAUGGCAAUUCUCAAUCGCAAGCGGCCGUCGAUCCCGCUUAUGACCAGGACAGGAUCCGCGCAGAAAGAAUAUUACUGCUCGUGAAAGAUCUAGACAGCAAUGCCAGAAGGGCAUUCAAUGCAUUACAGGCGCGACAACCUCAAUUUUCGAAAGUAUUGGAAAAUUUGGUUCGUCAGUGCGACGCGUUCAACGGAGGAAACCCCGAAGGCAAUGCAGAUAGGAUCAACCAAAAUCUCAAGAAAACGAUCCAAUAUCUAUGCCAAUUCCUUCCCGACGCGGCCAGGGUCGAGGCAGAUUUACAUAACUUUGCCAACUGGCAUGACCGCCGUUGUUAUCAACUAAUUAGGUUCGUGGUCUCAGCUGAGAGCGAUUUCAAGACGAUGCACAGAGCUGUCAAGGAAUUUGUGAAGAGGAUACAGGGUUCUCCGAAGCCUCACAUAUUGGAGACCUUGUUGCCUCUUAUUUACCGCUCUGCCUACAUCGUAUUAAAUAAGAGUCACCUCUCGACUUAUAUGGACUGCUCUAAGAGUGACAAAGACGGGCUUGGAGCUGCCGCGCAGGAGAUUACAACCGAAAUUUCUCAAAACAACCCUGACUUAUUCAAGACUCACGUCGGGCAGCUUUGCAAGGAUUUGGUAGACGGUGCGCCAGCAGCGGAUAAGCCAAACGAAGCUGCCAUGGUCGAGACUCUUAAGGCAUGUUCUUCUUAUUCCAAGAGGUACCCCAAGGAGCUUCCGGACGACCGCAAGUUUACCCAAGCACUGAUAAGCUAUUCUUUACAUGGAGAACCAGCUAAAGCCGCGAAGUAUGCCGUCAACGUCAUGAUGGCUAGAAAAGACGAUAAAAGUAUGGUGUCGGCUACGGACCUAUUACAGAGAAUUAUGAAGAACUGGAGCUAUGAUUCGCCUCACUUCUUAACGAAGCUCGCAGCGAUCAGUCAGCUGGAACUUUUAGCGCCUAAGGUGACCGCCGAUGCCAAUGACAAAAUCACUGACACCGCGUUAGAGGACGUCUUAUUCAAAGUUCGCACAGAUGCUAAAGAGUCUGAUCCUGAGUGGGUUGCCGAUUCUGAGCUUGACGAAGAAGGUCAAGUAAAGUGCUGGGCACUUAAGCUAGUGAUCAAUCGUCUCCGAGGCACACAGGAUUUGGAAGAAGCGAAGGAACUGGCGAAACCAGUCUUCAAGCUACUGAGAAAUACCUUGAAGCAAUCGGGCGAACUAUGUAAGAUAAAGGACACACCUAAGCACCACAAAGCUCGCUUACGACUGCUCGCCGGCCAGCUCUUCCUGAAGCUCUGUACCUUGAAACACUUUGAAGAAAUAUUCUCGCAUUCCGACUAUAACCAGCUUGCCUUCCUCACACAGGACCCAUGCGCUCCGGUUCGUCGGCUUUUUGUCGAGAAACUCCAGAAAUACCUGGUGCAAAAUAAGCUUCGGCCUAGGUUCUACACGAUGAUCUUUUUGACGGCUUUCGAACCAGAAGCCGCGUUCAAGAGUCAAAUCGAGACGUGGAUACGAUCUAGGGCGCGCUUCUUCCGAGAUGCUAAGCAAAACGUCAUGGAGGCGACAAUGGGCAGGCUGAUCUCCCUGCUAGCGCAUCACCCAGACUAUGGAACAGAAGUCGAUGACUUGAUAGAUCAUGCCAAAUACUUGCUUUACUAUAUUAGCAACGUUACUACAGAAGCCAACUUCGGUAUGAUAUUCAAGUAUGCCGAACGCGUGAAGCAGACUAGGGAUGGCAUCACCCCGACGGAGAGCGAAAGACUCUACGUGGUGAGUGACUUGGCCCAGAGCCUCCUACGAAAAUGGCAGGAGAAGAAGAACUGGAGUUUCCAGGCCUAUGCCGGUAAGGUUGGCUUGCCUAUGGGUCUGUACACGGCACUACCAAGUCACGAUGUGGCACAGGAGAUUGCAGCGAAGCAGUAUCUUCCAGAAGGGCUCGAUGAACAAUUGGACGAUCUGCUGAGAUCUGUGGAUAAGAAGAAGAAACGUAGAACUGCAGACGAACGAGCUGAAGGGCAACCUGCUCAGAAGAAGGUCAGAACGGCAGUACCCAAAGCUUCCACAAAAGUGAAAACGCCCAAGGCCGCGAAAACAUCUUCGAAGAGACCCGCUGUGAAAUCUACCAAGACUUCGUCAAGGUCCAAGAAAGCUCCUACUUCCUCCCCAGCUCAGGACUCUGCAGAUCGCAGACGUAGUGGUCGUUCUAAGAAGAACUCAUCCUACAUCGAGCGAGACUCUUCAGAAGAUGAUGAGGACAUGCUAGAGGGCGUAGCGGAGUGGGACUACUACGAUGAUGACGGUAAUCGCAUGCGAGAUGACGAUCCGGACUCCUCGGAACUCUCAGGACCUGAAGAGGAGCCCGCACCGACAGACGAGAAGGACGAAGCGGAAGCAGCCGAAGGGGAGAGUGAGCUAAGCGAUCUCGAAGAUGAGGCCGAAGAGGCACCAACACCUCCGUCACCACCACCAAAGGCGAAUGGACGCAAGCGUCGCGCGGCCACGUCUUCCCCGAAGACGAAGAGCCUGCCUUCUAGGCCAGCUGUCAAAGCGAGCGCGACUAAGGGUAAAUCACCCGCUGCUAGUAAGGCCAAGACGAAGCCGCCACCAAAAGCAAGAGCUACUAGCACGCGCUCUACUAGAUCUAGACGCGCGGCGUUGGAGGAUGAAGAUGAAGAUGGUGACUCGGAGUAAGACAGCAAAUCAGGAAAACCAUUAGCCAAGUUCAACCAACCACGUAGAACGGCGUAUACGGGUUCUACGUAAGGAGUAGGCGCCAGGAGGGGAUGUCCGAGCUGCAAAUGCGUGGCUGACAUUUUCUUGCUAGACUGCUUUCCUCGCCAAGAGAGCAGCACCUAAGGGUUCCAUGGAAGAAAGCUGGAAUAUGAUAAUGAAAUCAGGGGUUGGUUCGGGGCCAAUGCGGGAGUGGACGAGGUCACUUGGUUCUUUUUUUUCCUCGAGGCUUUAUAAAUCGCGUCAUGUCUUUGUUCUAGCUAUCCUAUACUCCUUCUUAUACCCUAGUCUCGUGCCUGGAGAGAAUACCAAAAUUUCUUCGUCAUCGCGCGGUUAUUUGGUUUGAUUUUUCGUCCGACUUCAAAAUAUGAGAACGUUAGGUAAAAUGGGACUUGUUCUUCGGCACUGGGUGAAAUGGAUUGCUCGGAUAGUGGUCAAACAUAACUACAUGAAUAAUAAUUAUUCAAAUCACGUUUCAACAUACUCUAU